UCUCACCUGGCUCACAGCUCAGAGAUGGGCUGUUCAUCCGGCCGUCUGCCCUGUCAGCCUCCAGCCAGUGCACAGCUGCCCACACUGGACCCGGACUCCAACCUGUUCCAUGAUGGAAGAGCACCCCCCACCACCCCUAAAACUCCAGAGAACCUCUCCACAUUGGACCGGCUGACGCAGGCAACAGGUGGCACAGAAAAGUCCUGGUACCGCUGUGUGUUUCCCUUUGGAGUCAUCUCGCUGGUGAUUGGCAUGGCAGGCACAGGUGUCACCUUCACCUUCAACACCCUGCUUCAAACCAAAGUGGUGUCCCUGGUGUUGCUGGUAGUUGGCUUUGUCAUGCUGCUAGUGGCAGCUGCCUGUUGGAGGGUCCAUAGGGCAAAGAGGAAGGAGAAGAAGGAAGGAGUUUUCUUCAGUGCUGAGCAGAACACACUAUAAAACACUCUCAUGCCUACCUUGACUGACAGGAAACAUUCAUGGGUGCAGAGGAAAGAGACAUUUCCUCCUCACAUCAUUUCGUAGGACGUUCUUCUUCUUGAUCGAAGAAAUUUCUAAAAGCAGCACUUAACAACUGGCUAUGCUAGAGGCCCUUGGGGCAUGGGGAUCUAACCGCACUGUGUAUGAACACGAACAGAACAGUUCGACUCAAACAAGUGUGAGAGAAGAUGUUUCCUGAAAUCCAUUGUACUUCUCGUUGUACUGUAUUUCUGAGGACUCAUGCAGCAAGAAUGUAGUGAACUUAUUUCUGGACCUCAUUCUAACACCAAGGUCCCUUACAGUGCUCAUUCAUUCAUACAUACUACAGUAGGCGAAAGUGCCAAGUGACACAGAUGGAGGCAAAAUUCCACUAUAAGAGGGAACGUAUUUGACAUGCCUAUCAGAAGGCAGUAAUAUACAAGAAUAUAUAGAGGAGAGGACCUCUCUAAGGAACUGUGAGCUGGCCAGUGUAAGAGGAGGAACCAUGAGGAAGACUGAGGUCAGUACAUCCAGCACUGUGCAAGAAAAGGGAAAAGUUAUUUCUUCAAUGAGUAUAAAAAGCUGGAAAGUUCUCUCAGAAGACUUAGAAUUAGAGAACAUGCUGGUCCUUAAUACUUCAUAAUCUGCUCUACACGCCUCCUGAGAGGGAUGUUUUCUAUUUCUUGAGAGUGGUGAAGGUAUAUGUGUGAUGUUAGAUACUUUGUGCAAAGAUAUAUUUUUGGCAGUGGUGUUGAAAAGUAAAAUGUGUGUGCAUGAGCAUCCUCUCAUGUGCUUGCAUGUGUUUCUGCACAGUGUUUGUAAAAGCACUCAGGUAUUUGAGUGGGUUCCUACUUUGCUGUAUGACUGAUGGCAGAAAAUGCUUUAUCAUAAAAGUCAUUAGCAGGUCUUUCUCUAGCGCUGUACUUGGAGACCUCUAGAGAGCUGGUGAUAACUGUCCAAUGAUUUGGAGUGUUUUACUCUCGCAUUCGCGGUUAAUCAUGCUGUUGUGCCAUUGAAUACUGAAUUAUUUUACUUUAUGUAAACAAAUGAAUGUAUUACCAGCGUGAUAGAUUAUUAAAUAUGUUGUGAUAAACAGUCAUUUUACAAUAUAAAAGAGAAAGAACCGAAGUAGAAUGAACACAAGUCUUAUCUCUAGUUCUUUAAGCACUUGUAAUCUAGCUUUUGUUUAUAUUUUAGAAGAAGAUCUUUUUGUAUUUCUGUGAAUAGAACGGCAGACUUUUUGGUAUUUUGUGUUUAUUCUUUCAGUGCCUGUCUUUUUACAUUCAAUAUUUUCUUAUCAGUUUUCACCGGUCGUUCCAGAGUUACAACGCUGUCAAAAGGAUUA